ACGGACGGGUAGGGGAGCUGACCUCGGCAGUUUGCUCUGCUUUGUGGAGGCGAAAUGGGGAGGUGUUGGGCCGGGACUGAGGUAGGAAGGCGCCCACCCCUCGACGCCUCCGGCGACGCUAGCCCCUGAGCCAUGAUGCGAGCGUGGGUCCUACUCUCCGCGGUGCUCUGGUACCUCACAGGAGUUGGAUGGCAGCGUUCUGCCUUACAAAAUAAGAAAGGCUUCAUUUAUGGCACGCCAGGACACCCAGUGAAAAUAUAUGUAAAAUUACAUCAAAACAGUCCAAUCCUUGUCUGUAUGGAUUCUAAACGUGCUAAAAAAGAAACAGUGGACCCCACUUAUGUAUGGAUUGGACCUAAUGAAAAUAAAUUAACAGGAAACAAUCGAAUAAAUAUAACUAACACAGGAAAGCUGAUGGUGAAAGAUUUUCUGGAGUCUUUGUCUGGACCUUACACAUGUACUUUUUCUUAUAAAUCUGUCAAAGCAGAAACUCAAGAAGAAAAGACAGUAAAGAAAACAUAUGAAUUUAUAAUGUUUGCUUAUCGGGAGCCUGAUUAUUCAUAUCAGAUGGCUGUACGUUUUACCACAAAGUCUUGUGUAGGAAGAUACAAUGAUCUGCUUUUUAGAGUGCUGAAGAAAAUCUUGGAUAAUUUAAUCUCUGAUUUGACAUGCCAUGUCAUAGAACCAUCAUAUAAAUGCCAUCUUGUUAAAAUUCCAAAACAUGGCCUCAUACAUGAGCUUUUUAUAGCCUUUCAAGUUAAUCCUUUUGCACCAGGGUGGAAAGCUGCAUGCAACCAGUCUGUUGACUGUGAAGAUAACACUAAUCGUAAUAUCCUCCAGGCAAGAGAUCGGAUAGAAGAAUUUUUUCGGAGUCAAGCAUAUAUUUUCUACCAUGACCUUAAUAAAACUCUACCAGCUAUGCAUUUUAUAGACCACAGUUUUCAAGUAGUACGUAUGGAUAGCUGUCGUCCAGGCUUUGGAAAAAAUGAAGCUAUGCACAGUAAUUGCGCUAGCUGCUGCGUGGUUUGUAGUCCUGGGACUUUUAGUCCUGAUAUUGAUGUUACUUGUCAGACCUGCGUUUCCAUCCAUAUCUAUGGAGCUAAAUCUUGCCCAUAAACUUCAGACAAAAAACAAUAUGAAGACUAGAGUGAAAGCCCUGUUACUUGCUUGUGGAAGUAGAAGACACAAGAUGAUUUGUUCAUAUUCCAAAACGUCAUAGAAGCAUCAUAGAUAGCUCCAUUAAGUAAUACCAGUAAGACCAAAACAUUGGAAAACAUACAUUUUAGAAACUUUAAAAAAAAUAGUUGACAUGGCUUUUCUAAGAAGGCAUUUAGUCCAAUAUCUCCAGUAUACAAAGGAAAGUGUAAGUAUUAGUGGAUGAUUUUUAAUGAAAUAUGUUUUCUUGUUUACAAACAGAAUCUAACUAUUGCUCUGUACCUAAGACUAUAUUAAGGUCAAGAAUAGUAGCAAAGUGUAAUAUAAUAAAAACUUCAUGCUUUCGUAUAUUAAUUUGUUUGAAAUCACUCUUACAUGAUAUAUAUUACCUUUUAAUUAG